GAACGAUUUCGGUAAACUUUCGCAAGAAGAAAGCAAACAACGGCCAAGAAGCAACAACGACGACAAGCUGAGAGGAAGGAUGGAUGAUGAUGUGGUGUUGGACGCAGACGCGUUGAACCUGCGGGAGGAGGAGAAGGAAGAAGGGAGCAACGAUGACGGUGGAAGGCAACGUGGAGGCGAUGGACAAGGGGAAGGUGGAGACCAACACGGUGUUGGAGAGGCAGAACCGCGGCAGGAUGGCAGUGGUGGUGGUGGUGAGGGUGAGGAAGGCGAUGGCGAAGGUGAGGAGGAGCUGAAGGCUCCGCUGCGAGGGGUGAUUGGAGCCGUGCGCGUGGAGGACUUGCCCGCACCGGCCGAGCACACCUUCAACACGUAUCUGGUGGAUGAAGCGCAUCCACUCUACAUCAAAGCCAUGGAUCACCUCCGCAAGGAGCCAGAUGAGGAUCGGCCGUAUGAUCACAUGUACAAGUGCCGGGACGAGCUGAAGCAGCUCCAAGCGGCCAUCAAGGUCAAAGGGGAAGAGCUCAGCGUCCAGCACGAACACCGACAAGUGCUGAAGUGUUGCCUUGCGCGCCUCGACAACAUCAUCGGCAGCCUCUUCGUCGACACGGACGAGAUAUCAGAGGGGUGCAAGCUCCUUGAGCAGGCCAUUGAUGUGGGCGAGCCUGUGCCGACGAUGCUGGGCACGUGCGUCCUGGAUGGUAUGAACCGGCUGGGUAUUGUGUGGGCCGACAGAAAGGAGUUUUCCCGCGCACUCGACAUGCUGCAGCGAGCAAAGGCGCUGUAUGUGGCGCUCAAGGCGCAGGACGACGCGCCCUGGGGACGAUGCGAGCUGCUCCCUGUGCAGGGCGAUGAGGAGCGAAUGGACGAAUUGGAGAACACAUACACACACUGCCUCUUCUACCUCGCCCAGUGCUACAUGCAGCUCGACCAGCCGGGAAAGUCUGCGGAGUACUGCCAGCAGACACUCGCGCGACAAUACGAGACGGGACAGUUCGACAAGCUGGACUGGGCAACUAACGCUGCUGCGAUUUCGCAAUAUUACCUCUCCGAGAACGCAUUUAGCGAUGCGCGCAUGUAUCUUGCGUGUGCGCAGGCGGUUGCGGAUACGGAGGAGCGCGACGAUGAGGACACGCAGCAGAAGAAGGCCGCAAUUGCGCAGUGCUGGGUCAAGUACCACCUCACCCUUCUCAACGCCUCCUGGGAGCUUGUGCAAGGGAAUGUGUCUGAGGAGGACGUGAAGUCGACGCUUGAACCAGCACUGCCCCUCCACGUCCCCAACAUGCACACAUACAUCCACAGGACGCCAACGACACUGGCGCGGACCAGCGAAGAUGCGCGGAAAUAUUUCUUGCAAGGCCAGAAGUGGAUCCAGGCGGCGCUGAAGUUCUUCACCCUCGAUGAGCACGCGUCCGGACACGUCGCAUGCGUGCAAGACCACUCGCAGCUGUACCGCAUGCUUGCGCAGUUUGAAGAGAAUUCAGACCACGCUGCGAAGAUGCACAAGCGCCGCGUGGACAUGCUUGAAAACACGCUCAAUGAGCUCAACCCGCAGUACUACCUUGCUGUCUGCAAGCAACUUGCCUUUGAACUCGGCAAUGCGUGUCAAGACAUGAUGGAUCUCAAGUUGGCCAAGUUCAACGCACAAACGCCAGACGUGAAGCUCAUGGCAAAGAUUACAAAACUCGGCAGCAAGUCGAUUAUGUACUUCCAGCGCUUCAUUGACCUGCAUCGGGACCACAAGAAAGCGCUGCCUGAGACGUAUGAGGACGGGGCUGCCAAAGGCGUCAUGACUGCGCACUUCACCAUCGCCCGCGUUUAUUCGAAGCUGCUUGCACCAGACAAAGCGCAACGUGUCAAGAACCUGAAGGAGUGUCUGCGCUACCACCAGUACAUUGUCGACUAUUGCGAGAACCACCCCGACUUUACUGAAUUUGCCCGCGAACUGGAACUGUCCAAGGAAAUGGUGCAGCUCUUGCCGGCGCAGAUUCAGCGAAUCUGACCACACACACACACCCACCCACACACACACACACACACACACA